AUGUUUCAUUCCAGAUUACCAGAGUUUUAUGUAAAGAUGAGGAAAUCAGAGAUUUCUGAUUUCCAUCUGGAGGCAGAUGACAGAACGGAGGAGGAGAAACGGAAGCAAAAGGCACCAAAGAAGGAUGGCUUGGCUUCUGCUUUGGGGUUGAGCAAGGAGGCCCCUAAGGCCCCCAUGGACACCGACUACCAGGAGGAAAUGGAGCCGGUCAAGCCUCAGAUCCAAUUCAAUCUCAACUUUGACAAAGAGAUUCGAGGUGAGGCAUCACAGCCAAAGAGAGACAGCUCCACUUUCACCAUUGAGCGUCUGUUUGAAGCAGUGGCCAGCAGGGACGUCAACAAACUGGACGGCCUAUACCAGUACUUGAAUCAGAACAUGAAGAAACUCUCUGACUCUCUGUAUCAGUCGUACGGUAAAACCGCCCUGAUGAAAGCUCUGCUGCACCUCAAAGAUGGCAAGAACGAAACCAUAGAGGAGCUGGUCGACGUUUCAGAGAGGAUCGGCGACAUAAAAGAGUUUGUGAACGCCGCCUUCACUGAUAGCUACUAUAAAGGUCAAACUGCUCUACAUAUAGCCAUUGAGAGGAGGAGUAUGUCCUAUGUAAAGCUGCUGGUCAGCAAAGGUGCAGAAGUUCAUGCCAAAGCCUGUGGGAAGUUUUUUCAGCCUCAUGAUGGUCCCAACUUCUACUUUGGUGAGCUGCCCCUGUCUCUAGCAGCCUGCACAAACCAGCCUGACAUAGUGAGCUACUUAAUGGAGAAUGAGUUUCCAGCGGACGCCAAGAUGGCUGACUCUCACGGCAACACAGUGCUGCACGCCCUGGUGUUGGUGGCCGAUAACUCGAAGGAGAACACAGAAUUCGUAACGGCCAUUUAUGAUCGCAUCCUAAAGACCAAUGCCCGACUGCAUCCCAAGAUAAAGCUGGAGGAGAAAGAGAACAACGAUGAACUCACACCUCUCAAACUGGCUGCCAAGAAUGGCAAGAUUGGGGUAUUUUCUCACAUCCUACAAAGGGAAUUCCAGGAGAAUCACUUCAAGCACUUGUCCCGUAAAUUCACUGAGUGGGCUUACGGACCCGUCCACAGUUCUCUGUAUGACCUGACCUCUGUGGACUCAUACGAGAACAACUCUGUUCUGGAAAUUCUAAUCUAUGGCAGUGAAAUUCCCAACCGCCACGAGAUGCUGGAGAAGGAGCCGCUCAGCUGCCUCCUGGAGGAUAAGUGGAAGAAGUUUGGACGUGGAAUGUUUUUUUUCAACUUCCUGGUCUACCUUGUGUACCUGAUCAUCUUCACUGUUGUAGCCUACAAUAAAAAAGAUGCUACACAGCUUCCGUUUAUCCCUGAGGACGCCUGGGAUUACCUGUAUGUUUCAGGCCAGCUGCUGACUUUACUAGCAAACUGCUAUUUCUUUGUCACAGGGAUUCUAGGCAUGACGAGGAAGCGGCCAAAGCUGCAGACACUGCUGAUAGAUGGAUAUUAUGAGAUUCUCUUCUUCGCGCAGGGCUUACUGUUCCUGGUCGCCACUGUUCUGUACUGGGCAGGGAGGCAGGAGUACCUGGGCUUCCUGGUGAUCUGUCUGACUCUCAGCUGGGUGAACGUGCUGUACUACUCCAGGGGCAACAAACACAUGGGCAUCUACAGUAUCAUGAUACAGAUGAUGAUUGUCAGCGAUAUCCUGCGCUUCUUUUUUGUUUACAUCGUUUUCCUCUUGGGAUUUUCAGCAGCCAUGGUCACACUGCUUAUGGAACCUCCACUCAAAAACCAAACAAAACAAGGGAGUCCAAGUCCUUCUGAUGCCCCCACAACUGGUAACAAAUGUGUCACAGCUGGCUACAAAAGCGUCCCUCAUACCAUCCUGCAGCUCUUCAAGUUCACCAUAGGCAUGGGCGACAUUGAGUUCAUCCAGGCUCACCAGUACAUGGAGGUCUUUUACCUCCUCCUUAUUGGCUACGUUGUUCUUUCCUACAUCCUGCUGCUCAACAUGCUCAUAGCCUUAAUGAACAACACUGUGAAAAAGACCACUAUGGAGAGCGCUGGCAUUUGGAGGGUGCAGAGGGCUCUCACAAUCCUGGAGAUGGAGAAGCGGCUACUCUGCUGUCUGAAGAAAAGUUUUCGCUCUGGGGUGGAGAUUAAACUCGGCACCGCUUUUGGAGACGAUCGUCGAAGGUGUUUCAGGGUCAAGGAAAUGAACUGGAAUAAAUGGAACACCAACCUGGUCAACAUCAGUGAGGAUCCAGGAUGCUGUGAUCGGAGCCAGCAGUCUGAUUUGGACAGCCCUUCCAGAGGAUUUACCAUAGGGAGAAGCUGGAGAAGCUUUUUCAUGGAGAGCACAGUGAGGAGGAGGACGUCUCAGUUCACUUAGGUGAGCUCUCAUCCUGUAUGUCUGAAGAGAAAGAAGAAGAAGAAAAAGAAGAAGAAGUUAAACAUGGCUGCCUGGCUUGAAUGAUAUGAUCAACAAGGUUUCCCAACUCAAACAUAUUGUUGUGUAAAAAAGAAAAACCUAAACUGGUUCCCGAUCUGACUUGGAAGUGUUUGUUUAUUGUGAAUAUGGUUGUUGUAUUGACCAUUUGAAAGCAAAAAACCCCAAAAACUUGACUGAUCAAACUGAAGGCACACAAUGAAAUGAUCACUUGAGGCGCCAUGGAUUUGUGGUUUACGCAGCGCAAAAAGGUUGAAAUUGCACUUGGUGUUUAUUUCAAGUUGCAGGCAAACAAUAAGGUACAUGGCAUAGGAUUACUUGCUGCCUCUCCUGCUCUGACUCCUGCAUGACUGGCUGCCUCGCCCACUGGCUGACUGACAGAAAUCUAUUUUACCACCUAUGUGUAUACGAAUCUAUGUGAACCCAAUACAUUUAUACUACAAGUCAAAGAUAAAUAAAUAUACACACCACGCAAAUUUUUUUAUUUGUCUAAAGUAGUAUGUUGUUGCGUAAGCAGUGACUAAAAGCAUGUAAUGUUACAAAAUACUGGAAACACAGGGACCCAGAACAAAACAAAACCAGGUGCAAAAAGACAGCAGGCUAUAGAGGUGAAGUGAGGGGAGCAACCAGCAAGGAGUGACAGCAGACGUGUUUAAAUACUGGGAGGCUGAAUGAUGGAACAAAAGACCAGGGCUGAUUAGCUAAUGGGUUGCAGGUGUGAUGAGAGAGCAGAAGGCAGGUGCUCUACAUGAGUGCACCAGCAGGUGCAGGUGAAACAGGAAGUCAGUUAAUCAUUAUCACCAUUAAUGCAUUGUUCUCUUCAUGCUUACACAUUUUAAAUAAUCAAGUCAGUUUUUGUCAGAUUGUGUCCACUAGAGAACCUUUCUGCCAUCAGCUGUCUGAAGUCUAACAAAGCUGAUCUGAUAAAUGCAUGACAGUCU